GUGAAUGUUGUGUAUAUUGAUACCUGUCACGCGUAUACGGUUAGCUACUCGACCCAACUGAAAGUCAGCAAAUUUACCUGCGUUUUUCGAAAGGCGUGGCGAGGAUGACGUCCUGUUUCGAGAAUAUGCAGGUGCCGUCCUGCAUCUGGUUCGAAGGUGGUGAGAAGAGGAACGCGCUCGUCUCGAUGCUCGCGGGCAUACUGUUUUUCGUGGGAUGGUGGUUUAUAAUAGAUGCUCAUGCAAAAUAUCCGAGUGAAAUGGCAAAUGCAUACCAUGUUUGUGGAGUAUUUGGUACCAUAUCGCUCUUCAUGGUCAAUUCAGUAACAAAUGCACAGAUAAGAGGAGAAGCUUACAAUGGUGGUUGUUUAGGAGCAAGAGGAGCUCGGAGUUGGCUGUUUAUUGGAUUUGUUAUGGGAUUUGCAGCAGUAAUAGCAGCCUGUUGGAUCUUAUUUGCCAACUUUGUAGCAGCAGGCGCAGUACAUCAUUGGCCAGGAGUAGGAUUGUUCCUACAAAAUAUAUUUAUUUUUCUGGGUUCGCUCACAUAUAAAUUUGGUCGAUCCGAAGAUCAAUGGGGUUAAUAGAUGUGUGCUAUUGACGGAAAAUGUUUUUAUCACCAUAUAGUAAAAUCAUACACUAAGCGGAACAAACUUGAGACGUCAACAUAUACUUUGUACUGCUUCGAACGUGAAAUCCAUUUUGGUCACAGAAAAUAAUUCUUAUUAUAAUAAGCAUUUCCAUAUACAUGCGAUAAUUUUUAUUUAUAUUCACUAGAAUUGUGGACACAGCAAUUACAAGUUCUAAUUAUAGAUUUACUGUAAAAAUAAGCAGACUAGAUUAUCGACUUUUAUGUGAUAGAGUUAUAUACUACUUAUGCUACGCUAGUAACGUUAAAUCACAUCAGUAACUUUUUGAUCUGUGCAUUUUCAAAUCCUGUAUGUAUAUAUCUUACUUGUUGUUUAGUUAUUGGUAUUUUAUAUUUGAUACUUACACAAGAAAGAUAAUCAUAACUAUCUGAUGAAUUAAAGUUAAAUAAAUAUACUACGUUCCAAGAAAAAACA